AUGGCCCAGCUCCCGCCCUCGGAGCGCAGCACUGCCACCCUGUCCAUGGGGGCCAGUGUGAAUGCCCUGCAGCGCCUUGUGGAACAGCUUAAGCUGGAGGCCACCAUGGAAAGGAUCAAGGUCUCCCAGGCUGCUGCAGAGCUUCAACAGUACUGCAUGCACAAUGCCUGCAAGGAUGCCCUGCUGGUCAGCGUUCCAGAGGGAAGUAACCCCUUCAGGGAUCCCAGAUCCUGUGCUCUACUCUGAACACUGUAGGAAAGAAGUGGGUCAAGGAAUGCCUUCAAGCACAAAGUGAUGAAUGCCUGCCUCCAAGUCUCAAGAAAGCAUUUUUCCCCAACCAAAUGACUUUUAGGUAUUUCAGACCUUCCCAGAGGCCUGGUCCUAUUGCCAAAAUUCUACAGAAA